AUGACUGGUCAGGAUCCUCGACUACCCUCAUAUGUCUAUAUAACACCAGAGCAAGCAAAGCGAUUUGCGGAACACACUGCAAGAGGUAUUUUCGCACUUGGCCAUGGGGAGCAAUUCUGGCGAGAACGUCAACUGUACCUGAAGGAUCGCGGAUACAUGCUGAGACCCCGAUAUAUGCCAGACUGGUCACCCUCAUGGAUAGGCACGCUCAUGGAUCCAAUCUUUUGUGAAGACUCGAUAAUGCUAAUUCACUGUAAUGUUAUCGACGCAACAAGGUCAAAAGACGGCUCAAUUAUUUCUAUAAAGACCGCAACCAAGAACAGCGAAGAAAUCGCCAUUGCCUCGUUCCUGUCAUCUGAAGAGCUGAAGCGGGAUCCCGCAAAUCAUUGCGUAUCUCUUCUGGAAGUGUUCGAUGACCCUCUAGAUCCCACACUCUCCUUUCUUGUUAUGCCAUAUCUUCGACCGUUUGACGAUCCUGAUUUCGGAGCCAUCGGUGAGGCAGUGGACUUUGUGGGGCAGACGCUUGAGGGUCUUCUUUUCCUUCACAGGCACCGAGUGGCACAUAGGGAUUGUGCAGCGGCAAAUAUAAUGAUGGAUGGCAGACCACUGUAUCCUCACGGUCAUCAUCCCGUGAGACGCAGCCAUGCUAUGGAUACUGUGCAUGAACUGUCGCCGUUAGCGAGAAUAGACCAUCCUGUCCGUUAUUAUUUUAUCGACUUUGGCAUCUCGACACGUUUCGAGGAAGGCGAGUCGCCAUACGUUCUUGGUAGGAAGGGCCGGGACAAAGAACUGCCAGAAUUAUCGUCGGAUGUCCCAUAUGAUGCAUUCAAAGUUGACCUCUUCAUCUUGGGCAACCUGUAUAAAAAGGAAUUCGUCGACGUACGUUCAACUUGCAUAUCCAAGCGUGACAUAUACUGA